CCUCCUGCCGCCGCCGCCCGCCGCCGCCUACUUCGGCCUGACGGGGAAAGAAGCUCUGACCCACUUCCCAUCCCUGGGACCCUCCACAAACUCUGCCCAGGGGAAGGUCCACGUGAAGCAGUGUGACUUGCUGAAGCUGUCCCGCAAGCAGAAGAGGCUGUGCCGGAGGGAGCCUGGCUUGGCAGAGACCUUGCGGGAUGCCAUCCGGCUUGGGAUCAUGGAGUGCCAGUACCAGUUUCGCAGCGAGCGCUGGAACUGCAGCCUGGAGGGACGGACCAGCCUGCUGAAGCGAGGUUUUAAGGAAACUGCCUUCCUCUACGCAGUGUCCUCUGCAGCUCUCACCCACUCCUUGGCCAGAGCGUGUAGUGCUGGGCGCAUGGAGCGCUGCACCUGCGAUGACUCCCCAGACCUGGAGAACCGCAAGGCCUGGCAAUGGGGCGUUUGUGGAGACAACCUCAAAUAUAGCACCAAGUUCCUGAAAAAAUUCUUGGGUCAGAAAAGGAUUGGCAAAGACCUGCGGGCGAAGGUUGACAUCCACAACACCAAUGUUGGCAUCAAGGCUGUGAAAAAUGGUCUCAAAACAACAUGCAAGUGCCAUGGUGUCUCCGGCUCAUGUGCUGUCCGGACGUGCUGGAAGCAGCUUUCACCUUUCCAUGAGAUUGGACGACUGCUGAAGCUGCGCUACGAUGAUGCCGUCAAGGUCUUCAGCACCACCAAUGAUGCUGUGGGACACUCAGAACUGGCUGGCCCACAGAGACAAAGCCAUUCCCCCAAGCACCCUGCUUCACCCCGCUCUACUGACCUGGUGUACGUGGAAGACUCUCCCAGUUUCUGUCGUCCCAGCAAAUACUCCCUGGGAACUGCUGGGAGGACCUGCUCUCGGGAAGGCAACUGUGACAGCAUGUGCUGUGGACGAGGCUAUAACACCCAGAGCCGGCUGGUUACCUUCUCUUGCCACUGCCAGGUGCAGUGGUGUUGCUAUGUUGAGUGCCAACAGUGCAUGCAGGAAGAGGUGGUCUACAGCUGCAAGCAGUAAAGACAGUGCUAGAGGGUCAAGACAAGUCCUAGAUUACAAGGAAGCAGUAGGGAGAGAGAGACAUGAUUCUCUGCUGUGGGGUGAGGGCAAAGGCAAGCACCAAAAAUGUCCAGUGCUCCUAUUAUCUCAAUGUUGAGAUCCUCUGAUCUGGGGAAAGCUCCUGUAUGAGGGGUGAAAACCAGAGGUUUUGUCAGGUAUCAGAUCAGGAAGGAGAGACAGAGAGUGGGGGUAAUGUGGGGACAGCAGAAACAUUGAAGCCAGUCAAAAAUAUCUCUCUUGAGCUAAAAUUUGUACUCUCGUCUGCAGGAAUAUCGCCCUCCUCCAUCCCUUACUUGCACUUACGUAAAUGCGUUGGGGUGGUGACAUUGAAAUACUGAGGGCUUCUGCCCUGGUUCCUGGAGAGAAGCGAAUUCAGGGACUGGGGAUGCAACUAACCAGAGACUGGAUCCUGAUGUAGCAGGGACAGCUGUGUUCCUGCACCAAGGCAAAAUGACUCUGGCAGCAGGGGAUUUUCAGGACUGUUCUCUGGGAACUGGUUGAAUCCUUUCUGCUUUGAACUCAAAGACACACUAUUGAGCAGUCUCAUCUUAAUGCAAGAAUUGUGCCUCAGAAAUACCAGUUUACAAACAAAUGGAGCUCGUGUCCAUCAUCUCCCAGGUCUAUAGUUUGGAUGUUAGACUCCAAGUGCAUUUUAACCAUGUUUUAACCUUGCUGUACACAGGAGACCUGGAAUUGCCUCUGUUACAGUGUAUGUAUCACAGGAACUCAGCUGAGGUCUGUGAAGUUACCCCUCUGCAGCAUGUUGCCUCGCAGGGGCUUAUUUUAUGAUGGUGGAUCCAGGGUGAUGGUACCAGUUAUGCACCCCUCUUUCCCCCACCCGACUCAAUCAAACUAUAAAUUGCCUUUUUGUCUUAUGUGUAUCACUCGUUGCCCUGGUGCCCGAGGUGCAUCACAUUCCACAGUUCUGCCCUGUGCUAAUGACAGGUAAAAUUUCUGAAAGGGAAUUAGGAAACACAGGAACUGGGGCAUCUCAAAAAUUUGACAGUCAUGAGUGACAAUCUCUGCACUGAGAAGUUAGAUAUAUCUAGACAAUGCAGGCAUCUGGCAUGAGAGAAGGUGACCUGGGGGAAAGAGCACAGUCCAUUACAGAGUUGUGAUCCCCUGACUUUGAGUCAUGUUUUUCUAGUUAACUUUAAGUUGAACACAGCAGAAACAGCCUGUUUUGUUUCUUUGGCUUGUUUUAGAGAGCAGUUUUGGGAAUGACAGUGAGGCAUUCCCUGACCUGGCCACCAGGUACACAUAGAAGUGUGUAGCACAACCUGUCUGGGUGUUGAGCUUUAUUACAGUGCUUGGCAGUGCAUUUGCCUGCGCCACGGCAUUUCCUGGUUAAUACUGCAGCAGCAGUUGGAGCGUUUGUACUGUGAGCAGCUCUGGAGAGUUCCUGAGACAACAAAGCUGCUGUAUUUACUCAGUCUUGGUAAUGGCUAUAAACCAGAAGCAGGAUGCCUGUGUGGAGAUGGGCUGAAAAGAAUAAUUAAAUCCUUAAGCUCAAAUCAAAAUUCAUUGGCAAUGUAAUGGAUGAAGAUGCUUGCUUGUGUUGUCUAGAUGGACUGAUCCGUAGGCUGAAUUGGACAAGCUUUCAAUGUGGUCAAGUUCUCCUAACAAGGGGUAAGAUCUCACCUGUGUGCUCCAGCUCUUAAGUGUGGAUCUGCUGAAGUCAGGCAGCUCAUCCAUUCAUUUACAUGUGCUUUGAACAAUUACUUUGCAGUGAUGAGUGUGUACUCACACUCUCUUGAUCUUGACCUUCGUUGCCCUUUUGUUUUUUACAACUAUCUUUGAUUUCUGCUUCAUAAAAGGACGGAAGAGAACUGUCUCAGAGCAGAUCUAGCCAUUAACUGGCUGUUUAGAGGCCACUAAGACCUUCCCUUUGGCUAGCUACAUGUCUUUUAAUGGGCUUAUUCCUUCUUAUCCUUUUUCUGGCUCAAGUUGACUUGAACUGAAUUAAAGUGCUUAUGACAGAUAUAAUACUGCAAAUAGGGUUAAUUGGCCUUAGGGUUUUUUUACCUUCUAAAUACCACAGAACUUAAUAUUGAGCAGACCCUUAUUUACAUGCUGCUUUUAAUCUUUUUGGAGUUGAAAUCUUCCCACGAGUCUCAGUGUUGAGUACUCAAUGAAAAAGCAUCCCACUAAGUUAAAAUUGGCAUCAUAGGUGAAAUGACAAAGGAACUAGCUCUGCUCUACACUAUUGAUCCCAAGCCAUCUGCCCCACUGACCUCCUGGCUUGUCCACCAUCAGAGAGGAAGGGAAUACCACACCACAGGAGACUUAUUUGGGGAUCCCAUGCCAUUGCAUGGAGCAUUCUCAUGUAAAGGGGGACUGGGACUCAGUGGAAGGAGUGGGGAGGCCCAGCUGGAUCCCAUUCUUUGGGAAGCAAGUGGAGGAGACACCACUCUGUCCUCUUGCUUUUAUCAAAGCUCCACUUCUCAGUUGUCCACUGGCCAGUAAUUUCUGGGCAUGCACAAUGCAUUCUCCACAGCCAGAUGUCAUAAUUUGAGGGCAGCUAGGAUGCUCCUAUGUGGUGGAGAGUGUUCUUGAUGGUCUCAUUUCUUUUUAUUUUCUUUUUGGGCUAAUGUUGCUGAAGUGAACUAAGGGGGUUCCAGCAGACACAUCACUGCAGGUUGGGAUUCAUGCAUUGUGCGGAUAAGGCAACAAGACUUGCACAAGGUCACUGCAGGCAAGAACUCAGGAUAGAACUGGUUUUCAAUGUCUUAGUAAGUUCUGUCUCCAGCUUUGCCAUGAAGUUGUUUGAAGAAGAAAGAACACUUCUGUAACCUCCUAGUAAUGUUAUCUGGGUCAGUGUCACCUGCUGACAGCUGGAUCCCAGUGAGACGUUAUGAAUCUGCUCUCUUGCUUCUUAAAAGAGCAGGCUGUUUAUGUCACUUUGAGUGUUAGGUCUUCUCUUAAGGGCUUUGUGUUCACUGAACUCCAAGUGACCCUGCUGAGCAGCAUCGUGUUUGACUCUUGCAGUAGGAACUGUCAGGCUGCACACAGGGAGCAGGUCUAUGAAGCUCUGAUGUACUCCUGCCUUCCAAACCCAACUUGGACCUGUUGGAGAGGAUCUACCACCCAUCUCAUACAUGACUGAAAAUCUGUUUUCUCCCUUUCUCAGUGACUCCAGUAACAGUAUAGAGGUUGGAGCUUGGCUGAGGUGGCUGUUGGGCUACAGGCUAAACAGGAGCCUCCUCGGACCUGGCUGGUGUUUGUAGGGCCCUUGGGGUACCCUCCAGGUACCUGCAGAGUGCACUCACUUCAAAGUGAAGCUUUUUGUCUUGCUCAGACUUACCCUUCUGUACUAUCCCUGUAAAAAAAAAGAGAGGAGAAAACCAUACAAGAGCAGACAUGUAGGUAAGUCUUUUAGUCUUCUCCAAUGAACUGGUCCUGCUCUGCAGUGAGCGUGGAAGGAAAUACAUGUUACUAACACCUUUGAUUUUCCUGUGAAGAGCAUUUCAAAUCUGUAGGCUAGUUCUCCCAUCUGAAAGGCAAGCCUGGCUUCCACAUAGCAAAAAGUGUUAUUUUAAUAAUAUCCUUUAUCUAGCUCCAAAUGUUGCAAUGCUUCGAGGAGUAGGUGAAUGCAUUUCAGAAGGAUGUUAGGUGUUUUGCACAACAGACUCAAAAACAAGACCAGAAGGAUGGUAAAAUGAUUAUUUAGGCAGAGAGGAAUACGGUCAGACUAGCAGAACUUGCAGCUUCGGUUAUUUGUGUCCUUUGCAGCUGAAACACUGAUGUUGGUAGGAACUGAAGGACACAUUUAUGGCAAGGGGACUAGACAUACUUACUUAGGCAACUCAAUCAAGCCCCUUCAGUGUGGGUAUUUUGGACUGAAUUGGUCCUUUGGCACUCUUUCAGGCAAAGAUAACACAUUUAAAGUGGGAUUAGAUACUGCUUUGCAGAACUUGAAAAAGAUCUUGUAUUUUGUGUGUGUGGUCUCUGUCGUAUGGACAUUCAUGUUUUUGAGGUGGUGUCAGCAAGUCCCUUGCCACUGAAAACACUGGUGUCUGUGAAAUGUGCAGAGAUUACCUCUAGCAAUGGAGGUUUUUAGCAGCAAUCUCUAUUGCCGUUUGAGCUGUGAUCUGUUGAAACUGGCAGUGUCUAUGCUAUACCAUGUUUUUGUCCAGUCUUGCUGCCAGCAACUAUGAGGUGGAUCUGCCCUUUGUCUUGAGUGUUGGGUUAGCACAGUCCCAUGGGGAUCUCAUAAGAACUUUACUGAAGUCAAAGAAUAAUGUAAACAAAGUCAAUUGAAAGGUGAGAUUUUGCCUGGGAGUCCUGGCACCACACAGGAACUGUUGAAUAAGAACUGGACAAAAAGAUAUUUCAGGGGAAAAUUAAGUAUUGUUUUUUCAUGUACUAAAAGGGACUUUUGCACCUGAAGCUCCUUGCCCUGCAUGGCUCAGAGCUGCUUGAAAAAUGGAGAAGAUGGAGAAGAUCUGAGGAAGAGAUGGUUCAUUCUCUGGUAUCCUUGGGGUGAGUUUGGGCUCAGUGGAAUAUGGAGGUUUGGCAUUUGGCUGAAUUAAAUUUUGGUUGUUAGCUGUUAAGCCAAGUCUGGACAAGGAAGUCUGAUAUCCUCUGGCUUUGCUCUGCAAAGUUAACUCAAAGCCUAUUUCAACCCCUCCCUGUCACAGCUGAAAAGCGUUCUUUUCAACCCCUGCCAGUCAGAACAGACAGCCUCUGGAAAACCAAAUGAUGGAAACUGGUGGGAAAUAAUUUUAAAUGCCCCAUAUGAAGUCUGGGGAAAAGACUUGAGCAUAUUAUGAGUUCGAGGUAGUGUUGUUAUCACUCCUUUUGGUAUCCUUCAAUACUAAGCCUUUUAGAAAUGAUGCUGUGGAUAAGGGAGUGAAAAAGUUUUCUUGAGGCAGAUAGUUGUCCAGGGCUGUUUUAUCACCCAAACUUGAGGUAAAUUGGGUUGAUAUUCAGAAAUGUGAUUUACUUCAACUAACAGCAAUGGGAGUCUUUGUGUGACCAGGAAGCAAAACUUGGGUCUGUUUGGCAUUCAGUAUUCUUAGGCUUGAAUUGUAUUUUCUUCAAGAAUCAAGACCAAGCAUCAUCUUGAGCAAAGCUCUUCUGCCACCUCCUGGAGAUAUGGGAUGUGAAGACCUGGGCCUCCACUUGGUCUGUGUGUGAGCUUUUUAAUUAUGAUGCACACCUUAUGAUGUACUACAAAUCCGGUAGAUGUGCCGCCUCUUUGGUUGUAUGUGCAAAGAAGUCACUGGAAUGACAGGCUGGAGAUAUAAGGGGAUCGCACUUCAGUCUUUACAUGAAAUCUUUUCAGCAGCAAAGGUGAAAGCUUAUGCCCUGGCUAUAAAAAAAUUCUUUCCCAAGUGCAAACGUACCUCAACAUGACUAUUGAUGGUAAAAAUCUGAGCUGCACAUGCUUUCCUGUAGUUUUUUUGAUUCAGGAUGAAUCCUUUCCUCUGUACCUACGAUCCAAGUAACCUGAGAACAGUGAUAGCUCUAAUACUCCUAGCUGCCUGGGAUCCUCACUGCCCACACGAGGGCUACUCUCCAGACACAGGUUAGUCCCUGUCCCUGUGUAUACUGCCUAGUCCAAUUUUUAUUGCCUCUCCUGGUGUGUUGUGGUGCUGGGCUUGGUAGUAGUGGAUCCAGCAUGCUUAUUGCAGGAGGGAAGUAACAAUCCAUCAGAAAAGUUUUACUGAAUUGUAUAAAGUUCUGGUGUGGAUAGACUCCACCAACCCCAAGUGAAGACCUGAACCUGUUUGGGAAGAAAUCACAUAUCUAGAGGCUGCCCCAUGAAAUGAUUAGACACCAGUAAAUCCUUGAGGCUUAACCAGGAAUCCAUGCAGCACUGUUGCUGUGAUGGAAGGUCAGGGUUACUUUAUUAGAUGAACAAACAGGGCCAUGUAAGCCAAGAAAUGCUAAUGAGCAGCGUAACAAACCCCACUGAUGCAAUAGCCAAUUCUACACUCUCAGACACCUUGGUGUAAGACUGGAAGGCCAAUUUGCGACAAUGUAAUAUGUCACUUGAAAAAAAAAAGGCUGUGCUUUAAGGGAAACAAAACAUUUGUCUACCUCAACAUGUACAACUUUUGUGACAAGAAGUAUAGAUGUUAUUUAUAUUUCUUAUAUAUCCUCUAGAAAGAAAAUGGUGCUAUGGGUUUUAAGUUGCUUUACAAUCCUGCUUGUACCUUGUCCUAAUUUUUAUAUAAUCCUUUUGAUUAUAACAUGCAUAUUUGUGUA